UGCAAUGACAUCAAACAACCAAAAUCAAACUUAGUUAUUAGUUUUGAGUUUGUUUGAUAUCCAACAAAAUGUCUAAGUACUCCUCUUCCUCCUUGACCUUUGCCAUUGUCUCCUUUGCUUACCUCCUUUUACUUGGCAGCUCUUCCGCUCAGCUCUCCACCAACUUCUACUCAUCCUCAUGCCCUAAUCUCUGCUCCACAGUGAAACCAGUCCUUCAAUCAGCCAUUAACAAGGAUAAGAGGAUGGGAGCUUCCAUUCUCCGCCUCUUCUUCCAUGACUGCUUCACUAAUGGUUGUGAUGGUUCAUUGCUCUUAGAUGAUACUUCAAGCUUCACAGGAGAAAAGACGGCAAAUGCUAACUUAAACUCCGCAAGAGGAUUCGAUGUCAUCGACAAUAUAAAGACUGCAGUAGAGAAAGCAUGUCCUGGCGUUGUGUCCUGCGCCGACAUCCUAGCAAUCGCAGCGAGAGACUCAGUUGUUCUUCUUGGAGGGCCGAACUGGAGCGUGAAGUUGGGCCGUAGAGAUGCACGAACAGCUAGUAAAUCAGUUGCUAAUAAUAACAUACCUCAACCAACUCAAAGUCUCAGUGCUCUCAUCUCCAAGUUCUCUGCUCAAGGCCUCUCCGCUAAGGAAAUGGUUGCACUUGUUGGUGGACAUACAAUUGGACAAGCAAGGUGUACAUCAUUCAGAGGACACAUUUACAAUGACACAGACAUUGAUAGCUCAUUUGCAAAGCUUAGGCAAGCGAACUGCCCAAGAGCUAGUGGUUCAGGGGACAACAACUUGGCUCCAUUGGACCUUCAAACUCCUACUGCUUUUGAUAACUACUACUAUAAAAACCUUGUCAACAAAAAGGGUCUUCUUCAUUCAGAUCAGCAGAUGUUUGAUGGUGGAUCUACUGAUUCUCAAGUGAGGAGUUAUAGCAACAACCAACAAGCCUUCUUCUCUGACUUCGUUGCUGCCAUGAUCAAGAUGGGAGACAUCAAACCUCUCACUGGUUCCACUGGAGAGAUUAGAAAGAACUGCAGAAAAAUUAACUAAGUAUAUAUAUCUGAGAGAGAGAUAUAGCUUUGAUUAUUAAAUAUUUUCCAUCUAUGUUUGUAGUAUGUUAUGACUUUUUAAUUUUUAUGAUUUGAGUCUUUGAGUGUUUAGUAAUUAGUAGUAGUUGAGAGUACCAGCUUAAGCAUUGAAUAAAUUAAUGAUUUGAUGUUGUUAUAUUAUUAUUGUUGUUCAUGGCUUGUUAUGCUUUUUAGUAUGUUAAUUAUUUUA